CGCCGCCGCUUCCGGACGGGGGAUGGGGGGUGGCGGUGGCCGCCGCCGCCGAGGAGAGGCACGGGCAGGGCGCGGAGGAGCCGCUGCCGCAGCGCCCCGGGCCGGCGCGGCGGCACCGCCGCUCGGCGGCAGAGCUCCCUUGUGCAGCUGGACACGGUGUCUGUGCCACCUCCACAGAGCAGCUGAUCAUGCUGUGCUCUGGAGUGGCAAGAGCUCAGAAGACAUUUCCUGGCAUUUGAGUGCCCCUCCUGUUUGGUAGGGGGUGCUUCUUGCCGGAUAUCAGAGCAGGUCAGUGUGACUGGCGGAUAAGGGGCAGGAUGGCGGGCAAUAACCAGCUCUGCAUUCGGCGCUGGACUACCAAGAACGUGGCCAGGUGGCUGAAGGAAGAAGGCUUCUGUGAAUACGUGGAUCUUUUGUGCAACAGACACAGGCUAGAUGGAAUUACCCUGCUGACACUUACUGAGUAUGACUUGCGAUCCCCUCCUCUGGAAAUCAAAGUCUUGGGGGAUAUCAAGAGGCUGAUGUUGUCCAUCCGCAAGCUGCAGAAGCAGCAUGUCGACGUCCUGGAAGAGCUGGGUUACACCAGUGACGGCCACGCUGGCACCGUGUGCCCAGCUGGCUCACUACAGGGGGCAGAUUGGUUUUGUAAUGGUGAAGUACCUCGGGACUAUGAUGGACCAAUUACUGACUUGAAUGGUGAUCAGUAUCAAUAUGCAAAUGGAAAAAACAAACAUGCCACACGAAGACUGGACCCAGAGUACUGGAAGACAGUUUUAAGUUGUGUGUAUGUCUUCAUAGUGUUUGGCUUUACAUCAUUUGUCAUGGUGAUAGUACACGAGCGAGUGCCUGACAUGCAAACAUAUCCACCUCUGCCAGACAUAUUUUUAGAUAGCGUCCCUAGGAUACCAUGGGCUUUUGCUAUGACUGAAGUAUGUGGUGUAAUUCUUUGCUACAUUUGGCUCUUGGUUCUUCUGCUUCACAAACACAGAUCUAUACUGCUGCGCAGGCUGUGCAGCCUCAUGGGGACAGUGUUUCUAUUACGCUGCAUUACAAUGUUUGUUACCUCACUCUCGGUGCCAGGACAGCACUUGCAGUGUACUGGAAAGUUGUAUGGCAAUGUUUGGGCAAAACUCCAGCGGGCAUUUGCAAUAUGGAGUGGCUUUGGAAUGACUCUGACUGGAGUGCAUACAUGUGGAGAUUAUAUGUUCAGUGGUCACACUGUUGUCCUGACCAUGCUCAACUUCUUUGUCACAGAAUAUACACCAAGGAGCUGGAACUUCUUGCACACCUUGUCCUGGGUCCUGAAUCUCUUUGGAAUCUUCUUCAUUUUGGCUGCACAUGAACAUUAUUCUAUAGAUGUCUUCAUUGCCUUUUACAUCACGACAAGGCUCUUUUUGUAUUACCAUACAUUGGCUAAUACUAGAGCAUAUCAUCAGAGUAGGAGGGCAAGGAUAUGGUUUCCAAUGUUUUCUUUUUUUGAAUGCAAUGUUAAUGGUACUGUUCCCAAUGAGUAUUGCUGGCCCUUUUCAAAACCUACUAUACUAAAAAGAUUAAUUGGUUGAAGACUGUGUGGGUCAGUUCGGAUUUUUAUGAAGUGUUAUGGCUAAGAUCCUACAAAGCUAGCUACAAGGGGGAAGUCAAGUAACAUUUUUCACUCCAUGAUCUCCUCCUUGCCUUGUUUCUUGGAUUCUUAGCCAUAAAAUGGGGUUUCCUUACUUUACAGGUUCGUGUUUUGUUUUCUCCUUGUGAAAACAGAAAACAAUGCAGGGAUGAGUAAAGGCUAUCAGUGAAGCACGAAUAUAAACCAGAAUACUGUUACCCUUGGUAAGGUUCUGUGUGAAUGUUUAUGGAACAUUAACCUGAAAUAUGUAUUGAAUAUAACACACUCUUUACAGGUCCAUAUAAUCUUUGUUACCCGAGUGCCAGCCUUUACAUAUACUGACAUACUGACAAAAAAAUUAAAACUUUAUAAAGCCUUUCUUUAAAAGCAGUCAUAAAUGUAAUUUUUAAAACAAACUGUGUAUAUAUAAAGAUUGAGGAGGUCUGUGUCAUAAUGAAGAAAACAGUAUAGUUCCAUGCUGAGAGGGUCUCUUAACUGUUAAAUUACAAGUCUUGACAGUAUAAAUGGUCUGCAUACAGGUUGCCAAAAAUGAAGGUCGGCCUUGUGGCUGUGUAGUGAUGAUAUUUUUUUAAUGAGAACUUAUUUAGUCUAGUCUAUCAGUUGUCUGUAUGGUUGUUCUAGCACUUGAAAGUUUUCCCUUUUGUGUUUAAAUGAGUUACAGUAAGUGGAACAUCCACUGAAAGUAAACUUAGCUUUAGUGAGUUUAAAGCCACAAAGUAACUUUUGUGUGGUCUUAAUUGCUUUAUACCCAAACUCAUGCAUGCUUUUCAGGAGCAGUUCUUUAAUGUUGGAAAAACAGAACAGUUGUCUUCGUGUAUCUUACUGUCCUCUAAAUGGAUGGGGAAAAUGCAUGUAGUAACUCUUUCAGGAAUAAUAAUAAUAAUAGUGAGUAUUGGCAAUAGUGCUCAUGUUGAUGUAUGUUUUAGCACUCUGGUGUCAACAAUAUGGUGAAUUUCUCUGGAUAUAUAUAUGCACAGUAUAUUUGGUUAUAUAUAUAAAACACAGUAUAUGUUUUUCUAACAACUAUGAAAAGAGGCUAGUUCUUAAUAUAAGUUGCUCAUUUACUACCCUGAAGGAUACCAUAAACAGUUGAGUUUUGCUUGUUGAAAAAAACCAAACCGCAACCCACAACAAAGCAUCCCCCAAAAGCUCAAACCAACACUGUCAGUCCAUAACGCUUGAGCAGGGUCACACAAGGGUUGGUGAUCUCUUAGGCAGUGGAUUGUAAGGGGACAAUAAUAAAGUUGUCUGUAGAGCCUUGAAAUUAGAUUUGUGCCAAAUGAAAACUGAUAGGUACAACGUACAAAAUCAUAAAAAUUAUAUAGGCCUUUUAAUUUGAUUAUUGCAACUUCAGAUGUGCAAAUGUAGUGUAAGUCAGCUUUAGAAAGUUACACUAAUAAUUCCCAGCUUGGUACAAGCUGACUUAAUGGGCACUAUGUACUUGUGUGUGCAUAGAAAUUAAUCCACUUGGAAUUUAAAAGGUUUUGUGUUUGGGGGCUUGUAACUUAGUGUGGGCUACUCCUUGCUGUAUUGUAUUCCUUUUAUUAACCUUGACUGUACUAACUUGACUACCUUACACUCUUCAUGGUAUGUUACCUUUGUAACUUAAUUUAGCUCCUAUUCCACAAAAGAAUUAUGCAUCUUGGAGUAUCUCUGCCAACUGUAAUGAGCACAUGUAUACUGUACUAUUACAGAGAUUUUUAUAUUUGUAACAUUCCAAUUUUUUAGCAUAAUUGCAGGUUUAAUACUAUAUUGUUCAAUCUACCAUAGCCUGAUGGCUUUUGCAUCCAAAUUGGGGGAGUAUGCUUACACUUAAAAAAAGGAGAAAAUAUUCUGAAAUAUUUAAAGACUUUCCAUUUGCUGCUCUUAACUUUCUGAUUUCAGAAAGGCAAUUUGAACAUUCCUCUUGAAUUUUAUAAUGAAAGAGCUCUAUUUGUUAACUUAUAUUUGCCUUUGCAAUGCACACAGUUAUGAAUGCUGUUUUUCUAAACUCUAGGAAACAUCUGUUCUCAGGAUGUGCAGGAUUGUAAUCUGAGUUAUAUGGAGAGGUAUGCAAUUAAACUUGCAAAGCUGUUGACUCUGAAAAUGACCAUUUGAGUAGUAACUGGCAUAACUGCAUCUAAACUGCAAUACUAUUCUGCAACUUAGACAUGCAGGAGAAUUUUCAAGUACAGUCCAGUGUAACAAUGUUUACAGAAAGUAAAGCUAUCAUUUCAAUAUUUUUUUGUAGUGAAGUUCAUAUACAUUGAAACGUAAGGAUUCUUUGUUCUAAUUUAAUUUUCAAAUUCCGUUAAGUAAAUUGCAUUUGAAAUCAGCCUUGUCUGUCACUGUUUUUUAAAAGAAGAUUGUUCUUUUGUGCUGUUUCUCUUGAUGCUAGAUACCUAAGCCCAGGAAAAGUAAUAUAAAAUGGUUGGUUUUGUUAGCAUUGAAUGGAUUACAUUGUCAGGGUAAUUGUCCUCUGCUGUUUUGGAAGUUCAUUGUGUCUGUCUGUAAACAUGCAAGAGGAAAGCUUGAAGUUGAUAGAAGACAGAAAAAUAUGAUCUUGCUUGCAAGAGAGCACCGGUCAGUCUGUAAAGUUGGGAAUGUAAGCUUUAUUGUUAAUUAGAUGGAAACAAGUUGCAGGUAACUGAUAGGCUUAGCAUUUUGUACCUCCUUUUGAGUCAGUGUUUUAAAAGCAUUUUGCUGCUUCUGUUGCUGAGAAGCACUUUUAAGUAAAGGCAGCAGAGCACCUCGGGCCUUGGAUUUAAUGCUUAGUAUGUUCAGGGAUGUCUUCCUUUAUGUUCACAUGCCACCACUGCUCUCCUUUAACAUAUUUGCACCUCUUUUUUGCUAAGUUGUCUUCUGUGGUCUGUGUGAGUGCCCACAUAAUCUGUUCCCAGAAUAAUGAGUGAAUUACUGUGUAAUGCAGCAAGUGCAAGUGUCUCACCAACAUAACUACUACAGAGUGCACAAACAAAUCAAGCAGCAAAGUCUGAAAUUAGUAACCAUAGAUACAAAAGAAGGGGAGGGUCACUUUUUUUUUUUUUUUUGCUAGCUUAGCAAAUGUAGUAAUAUUUGAGACUUGGCAAUCGGGCUGAGCUCUUCCUUAUAAGUUUAGGGAUAUGUAUGCACAUACCUGCAAGUGAUAGACACACAGGCUCUUCCCCCAUCCUUUUUCUUUGUUUUUUGAACCUUAUGACAGAGUUUCUUGGAAUAGCUUUUCUAAACUUUUUGCCUUUAGUUUUUCAUUUCUGAAAGAUCUCUAAAGUUAUGACAUUACACCUGCACAGAGUUAGACCUUCAUAGAUGUGGUUUUUAACAAAUUCUGAUUACACUGACAAAAACUUAGGAAAGGAUCUUUAAGCAGGGUUUUCCAACUGAUCUUGAACAAUGAUAUGGAAAGCUUCCAUAUAUAUAAUUUAUCUUCAUGUCCAGUGGCAAACAUGGUAACACACAAAGUGUCAGUACAGAAAUGUAGAUAGGCAUGAAGUAUUUAAAUGUCCAAGACUAGCAAGAAUUGGAUCCCAGAAGUGCACUGCUUGACUUGUAUGCUUAACUUCAAGCAAAUUACUAAAUACUCUUGACUUCAGUGAGGGUUACCAUUUUAGUUUAAACAUUUUUUUUGGAUAAGGCCCAGUGCAUACUGUGUGGUAUCUUGGUACAGUAAGGGGAAUAGGUAAUGUCACUGUUUUUUAUUUUCUCUGAUGUCUCCCCUCCUAUCUACUGUAGAAGAAAACAUUCCAGUAGAAUUUAAAAGAAAUUGCUACUUAACUGGGUUCUGAAAGAAGAAAUCUGUCAAAAGCCAAAAGACUGAAUAAAACCUUGAUAAUGACCUGCUUUAAGAAGCAAGGGUCAGCUAAAUGAUUUGGGGAAAAAAGUUAUUUUUCAUGCAAGCAUGUUAAAUAAUGUAAUUUAGAAUUACUAAAACCCUCUAAGGAGGAUAAAAGCACAGGUUCCUAUAAUCUUUUCUGUACAGCUGAAUCUUAUGUAGUGUCAAAAAGAGAGUAAAGAGGAAAGAGUUGGGCUCAGACACCAGUAAAAGUCUUUUGCAGCAAUUAAUACCUCGUUUUUUAACCCCUGCCUACGUGCUUAGUGCUAUACUUGUCCGUGGCUGUUUAGCUAGUUUUUUGAUGUAUGAAAGCCCAUUUGGUUUUCAGACAUCAGUCAUGGAAAAAAAACAAACUCAAAAACCCAAACAGUAGAUUUUAUGGACCUGGAGUGUAACAAUAAGAACUUAAAACAACUGCGAUAGUUUCUCAUCAGGUCCAUGUAGUUCCUACUGAAAAGUUAGGGAGAAUUUGCAGUAAUCUACAGACAAUAGUGAUUUUUUUUUUUUAAUAACCAUGGGUACCUUUUUAGAAAUCUGACCUGUAACUUCAAAAACCACCAUAGUCUUUUCAAGAUAGAAGUAUAUUUGACAGAAGUCCUAGCAGUGAGACAUCUUACCCUCGGAAUUAUUUUGUGCUUUAGACUUCAACAAUAAGGGUUAUUUGAUAGACCACUGGUUUAUGAAAUUAUAAAAUAUAAAAUAUUUCUGAUCUAUGUUUGACCUUGUUACCAUUCUAAUUGAAACAGUAUUCCUGGGGGGAAAAAAGUUAUUUGGAGUGAACAUACUGAUGAUGUCUUGUUCAUUAUAUGAAGAAAACCACAGAAAAACCCUCACAACUCCUCAAACACUACGGUAUUAUGAACACUGAACCUUCCAUAUAGCAGUAUCCUGCAGACUUACCACUUGUAUCCUAACAAAUUUGCAGUGAGUAUUAUGUACAUAAUUCAGUGGCAUGCACAUUUUAAAAGCCAGUUUGUACUAAGUGUGUAAGAACUUAAGGUGAUAAAUGUGGAAAACAAUAUUGGCCCUGGACCUAUUGGCCCUGACUGUAUAGUUAAAAUUACUAACUGUAACUUAGUUUUGCUCUUUCAAUUCAGUUUUGUCAAAAAAGGAGAAAUUUUGUCAAAUUUGAGAAACCACAAACUGCAUUGUACAUAGUACUUAACAUAAUAAGGAUGUAGAAACAUGGCUUUUCACAAGGAACUGUUCUUCAGUUUUGUCCUGACUGAGAAAAUAGUGUUAUCUAUUAGCUAGAAGGUAUGCCAGUGAAGUGUAGAAUACUGUAAAUAAGUAAAUAUUGUUUUGAUUCUAAACUCAGAUUGAAUUAAUAUAUUGUUUUAUAUCUUUGUUGUGUUAAACAUAUUUAAAAAUACUAAAAUAAAAUAUUUGAAAAAUGA